GACACGAAAGCCAGCGAGGAAGGCGAAGACGAAGGAAAAAAGCUACACUUUGUCAGUCCGGCCCGAAGAAAAUCAGUGCUAGCGCCCAUACUGAACAAGAUUAAGAAUAACAAUGAUGCCAUGGAUAGCGGCGACCGGAAGUUGGGUAGUGAGAGCAGCGGUAGCGGACACAUAGCCGUGCAGAUUGAGCCAGCGCGACGUGUAAAACGUCACAGCAUACACGGCAUGAUGGAGGAGGAGAACACCAUACGACCGCAUCAGGAGAUACGACAGCUAACGCUGGAAGAGAAGAAAUUUCUGCUGGCUGUGGAGCGUGGAGAUAUGGCAGGCACAAGGCGCAUGCUGCAAAAGGCUCAAGAGACGGAGUACAUAAAUGUUAACUGUGUGGAUCCGCUGGGACGCACUGCUCUGCUAAUGGCCAUAGACAAUGAGAAUCUGGAGAUGGUGGAGCUGCUAAUCAACUACAAUGUGGACACAAAGGAUGCGCUUCUGCACUCUAUCUCGGAGGAAUUUGUGGAGGCAGUGGAGGUGCUGCUGGACCAUGAAAACGUCACCUUUCAGACCGAAGGAAAUCACAGCUGGGAGUCUGCAUCGGAGGAAACGUCGACAUUUACUCCCGACAUAACACCGCUGAUCUUGGCUGCACAUAGGGACAAUUAUGAGAUUAUUAAGAUACUUUUAGAUCGCGGUGCAGUGCUGCCCAUGCCGCAUGAUGUGCGCUGUGGCUGCGAUGAGUGCGUCCAGUCGCGUCAGGAGGACUCGCUGCGUCACUCUCGUUCACGCAUCAAUGCGUAUCGCGCGCUAGCCAGUCCCAGUCUGAUUGCCUUAUCCUCCAAGGAUCCCAUACUCACGGCCUUUGAGUUGUCCUGGGAGCUGCGUCGCUUGAGUUUUCUCGAGCACGAGUUCAAGAACGAGUAUCAAGAGCUACGCAAGCAGUGCCAGGACUUUGCCACUGCUCUGCUGGAUCACACGCGCACCUCGCAUGAGCUGGAGAUUUUGCUCAAUCAUGAUCCCACUGGCCCUGUUUACGAACAUGGUGAGCGCAUGCACUUGAACCGACUUAAGCUGGCCAUCAAGCUGCGACAAAAGAAGUUCGUAGCUCACUCCAAUGUGCAGCAGCUGCUGGCAAGCAUCUGGUAUGAAGGUUUACCCGGCUUCAGGCGUAAGAACAUGGCUCUGCAGGCUUUGGACAUAAUACGUAUUGGUAUUUUGUUUCCCAUCUUUUCGUUGGCUUACAUCCUUGCGCCUUACUCCAGCAUUGGUCAGACCAUGCGCAAGCCUUUCAUCAAGUUCAUCUGCCACAGCGCCUCUUACUUCACUUUUCUCUUUUUGCUCAUGCUCGCUUCGCAGCGCAUUGAGACUUUCAUCGGGAGCUGGUUUUGGUCGGAUGACAGCUAUUCGCUCAGCGAGGCGGAGGAGCUUCAGCUGCCCACAAAACGUGGCGCCAAGCCCACCUUCAUUGAGUGGCUCAUACUCGCCUGGGUGAGCGGUCUCAUCUGGAGCGAGGUCAAGCAGCUGUGGGACGUUGGUCUGCAGGAGUACCUCAACGAUAUGUGGAACGUCAUAGACUUUGUCACCAAUUCGCUUUAUGUGGCCACUGUGGCACUUCGCGUUGUGUCCUUCUUUCAGGUACAAAAGGAAAUGAUUUUCAAUUCGCAGGCCACAGACUUGCCGCGUGAGCGUUGGGAUACUUGGGACCCCAUGCUCAUUUCGGAAGGUCUCUUUAGCGCAGCGAACAUUUUCAGUAGCCUCAAGCUGGUAUACAUAUUCUCGGUGAACCCGCAUUUGGGGCCACUGCAAGUGUCGCUAUCGCGCAUGGUCAUGGAUAUCAUGAAAUUUUUCUUCCUCUACGUCUUGGUUCUUUUUGCCUUUGGUAGUGGGCUAAAUCAGCUGUUGUGGUACUACGCAGAUCUUGAAAAGAAACGCUGUCCGGAGGUCUCACCCAGUCUGCUGCUAAGCCUAAAUGGUACCAAUGAUCCCAAUGCCUGCAUAGUCUGGCGUCGCUUUUCCAAUCUCUUCGAAACCACACAGACUUUAUUCUGGGCAGUGUUUGGCCUAAUUGACUUGGACAGCUUUGAACUGGAUGGCAUUAAGAUCUUUACACGCUUUUGGGGCAUGCUUAUGUUUGGCACCUACUCGGUUAUAAAUAUUGUAGUGCUGCUCAAUUUGUUGAUUGCUAUGAUGAAUCACUCGUAUCAGUUAAUAUCAGAGCGAGCGGAUGUGGAGUGGAAAUUUGCGCGCUCAAAGCUGUGGAUAAGUUACUUUGAAGAGGGUGGCACCUGUCCGCCGCCUUUUAAUAUUAUACCCACACCCAAAUCAAUAUGGUACGCCAUCAAAUGGAUUCGCCGCGUGUUCUGCAGUGGCUCCUCUGCAGCCAGACGUGAGCAUCUAAAGACUAUUAGACGUAAGGCGCAACAGGCGAGUGAUCGUGACUUUAAGUAUCAACAGAUUAUGCGCAAUCUGGUUCGUCGCUAUGUUACCGUAGAGCAGCGCAAGGCAGAGUCCCAGGGAGUCACCGAAGACGACGUGAAUGAAAUAAAGCAGGACAUUUCAGCGUUCCGUUGCGAACUCGUUGAGAUACUCAAGAACAGUGGAAUGGACACAAAUGUUACAGCAGGUCAAGCAGGAGGUGGUGGUGGCAAAAAGAAUCGGCAAAAGGAGCGCCGUCUAAUGAAGGGUUUCAACAUAGCACCGCCAGGCUCAACGGGUUCUCUUGCGCCUGUCGCCGAGUUCUCCACUUCUCUGGAUAAUUAUGAUCAGCAUGAGAUACUUAGCACCACGUUGUCCACUCUCUUUACACCCAACUUUAUGCACAGACGACAGCAUACGACGGCAGGCACGGGCACUACAGCCGAGUCCCCCACAACGCCGCCUUUGAGCUCAGCUGCUUCACCAGCGCCACCUGGCGUGCCAAAGUACAACAAAUGUGCGUUAAAGUAUAACAAGCGCAUAGCGGGACAUAAGAAGCGUUGGGGCACACUAAUCGAAGCCGCCAAAGUGGGCAAUGUGAGCAAAAUGCUUGGCCGCUCCAAGUCGGAGGACUCCGUUUGUAAUUCAACCCAAAAUGCAGCUCCCGUGCAUGGCCAGGUGCGUGUGACUUAUGCACAGAACUCACCUCAGCAUAGCUAUGGCUAUCAUGGAGCCGACUCCACAACAACAACAACGACGGCAACUCCAACGCCAAUGCCACCCACCUCUGCUAGCGUCAGUCAUAGCUCCAGCUCUACGCAUGUUAGUAUGGGUACGCAUUUUUUUCACACCACUAGCGGCCUCACCGCCAUUGCGGCACUUAAACGAAAACGCAAGAAAUUCUCCUCUAGCAAAAAUAUUUGCCCCGUCAACGAAUCCAUAGCAGCUGCUAAUGCUGCCGAUCUCUUAAAUGACAAGACACUAAAACGCGUCUCCAGCUAUCCCGCUGCCACAGCGGACGGCGGCGUACAGCAUAAGGACCCCGCACAGCUGGUGAAACCUCGACGUCAUGAACAGACGCAGAGUCAACAUGAUUCGGUGGAGACCUCUACAGAGUUCACACUGUCGAUUGAUCCAUCCAAUACGUCCGUCAACUCGCGCGAACCACUGAUCAGCAGCAAUUGCGUGUCCGCCAUGGGGGCCAUAUCUUAAAAGUCCGUUGUAGAUGAUAGUUAACUAUCAUUAGCGCACCCGCUACAAUUACACUCCCAAAAACUAUACGUCACAUAGCUUCACUUUCUGAAGAUUUAUUAGCCUUAAAUUUGUAUUUGACCGAGCUUGUUUAGAGAUUAGUAAUUGUGAACAUUUUGCCCCUAGCUCAAAUCAUUUUGUAAUAUGUUAUGUAGCAUACUUUUUAAGCUGGAGUUUUUCUGUUUUUCUGCUUUUCUGCAAAACAGUCAUAAAAUUUCGUACAUUUUGGGCUUUAAAGAUUCAGUAACGAUGAAAUUGAGAUCAUGGGUGGUAUUAAAUAUAAUUUCAUAGCAUAUGUAGCACUUUAAACGUAUUCAAAACUUCAUAACACAUAUCAUGUGAUUGCAUUAAUUCAUUCACAGUAAGAUACUCUCGAAUUUGUAAGCACUACCAACAACAAAUAUAUAAGUACUUAACAACUAUCCCAUAUCGAAUGUUAAAAGUUGCCUUAGCAUGAGACACAU